AUGGUCAACAUCGAUAUCCCUAAUGACUACACUGUCUCGCCCUCGUCGGCCACUCCUCACUUGACCAUCAACCGCGAUGUCACCAUUGACCUGGACUCGACCAAUGCCUUUGAAGGUCCCGAGAAGCUCCUCGAAGUAUGGUUCAGCCCUUCUGCCUCGUCCCUUCCUGAAGGAGCCAAGCCUUACGGUCUGAAGGCCGUCUCGACAGACACAUGGAAAGAGAUGCUCGACCUUGUCAACUGCAAGGUUCUCUCCAUUAUUGGACAUGGACAUAUGGACGCAUACCUUCUCUCCGAGUCGAGCAUGUUUGUCUUCCCACACAAGCUUGUGCUCAAGACCUGCGGCACUACCACUCUGCUGUACGGUCUGCCAAGAAUGCUCGAGAUUGCUGCCCUUGAGGCAGGCUUCCCUGGCAUGAGGGCCGAUCUUUCCGCCGCUGUUCCCGCUGCUGCCACGCCUCACCGUGUCUUCUACAGCCGCAAGAACUUCUUGUACCCUGACCAGCAGCGCGGUCCCCACCGGAGCUGGCGCGAUGAGGUCAAGUACCUCGACCAGAGAUUCCUUGGAGGUAGCGCCUAUAUGAUUGGAAAGAUGAACGGCGAGCAUUGGUACUUGUAUAUCACUGGUCCCAACACUCAGCUGACUCCCCCUGCUACACCCGAGAGAGAGACUCCUACCAAGAUCCUCGACUACCCUGAGCAGCUCGCAGCUGAUCUUGCAAAUGCUCAGAUCGAUGAAUCUCAGGAUGAGACCCUUGAGAUCCUCAUGACCGAUCUUGACGAGCAGAACGCCCGCCAGUUCUACCUCGAGGACGCAAGUGCGAUCGCAGAGGGCAAGUACCUCGAGCAGUCCCAGAAGGCUCGCAAGGAUGCUAUCGCACACUUGGGUAACAUCAAUGGCGCUGACGAUGUUGACGUCUUUGCACAGACUACCUCGGAUCCUUCUGAGAAGUUGACCUUCCCUGAGGAGCUGACCACCGAAGGCCAUACUUUGGGCUCCGUGGUUUCCGAAGCCUGUGGAUUGGCUGAUGUCUACCCUGUGUCCAAGUACCCCGAGGCCAAGAUAGACUCUUACCUCUUCACUCCUUGCGGAUACUCUGCCAAUGGUGUUGUGCCUUCCACCGGAGAAUCUGGAUCAGCUCACUACUUCACUGUCCACGUCACUCCUGAGCCCCAAUGCUCCUACGCCUCGUUCGAGACCAACGUCCCUGCCAGCCAGACCGGGCGCGAGACCCGCGACAUCGUCAUGCAGGUCGUCAACAUCUUCAAGCCUGGCCGCUUCAGCGUUACCAUCUUCGAAGCCAAGACUGAUGAGGAUGGCUAUGGUAGAGCAAGAGUCAAGAAGGACAAGAACAUGGACAACAUUGCCGGCUACAGACGUGUCGACCGCAUCGUCCACGACCUCGAGGGCUACGAGUUGGUCUUCAGAUACUUUGAGCGUCUUGACUGGAAGGGCGGCGCCCCUAGAUUGGGCGAAUACAUGCUGUAA